AUGGAGGGGGGUCCAUCGGGGUUUGGCGACGCCGCCGACCCGCCGUUGCCUCUGGCGAAGUGGAGAAACGACUUCUCCAGAUCGUUUCAGUACUAUCUCGACCGCUCGACGCCGCACACUCUCUGGAGAUGGAUGGGCACGCUUGCGGUGGCCUUGGUGUAUGUGCUGAGGGUGUACCUCCUCCAGGGUUUCUACAUCGUCUCCUACGGUCUUGGCAUCUACCUACUCAAUCUGCUGAUCGGCUUCCUCUCUCCCAAGGUCGACCCAGAAUUGGAAGUACUUAACGACGGGCCCUCUUUGCCAACCCGCGGCUCCGAGGAUUUCAAGCCCUUUAUCCGCCGGCUUCCCGAGUUUAAGUUCUGGUGAGCCCUGAUCCGCUUCCAAUUGCCCUCGUAUCUGGUUUUAUCUAGGACAAGUUGCUGAUUGGGUAUUGAGAUUAAGCUACUGCCACCUCGGAUGUGUUCAAGUAGGUAGAUAUUCAGGUUUUUCUUCUGUUCAUGGGUUUUGGACGCGCGUCAGUGAAGGACCGACGUCCCUUCAUGUUGGAUCCGCACUUGGAAUAUUAGAUCAGAUAAAUGUUUCUUUCACUUUUGUGGCAAUUUAAUGUCUCCAUGUGCGUUUAAUUAUUGCUGGAAUGGAAUUUUCUCUCUUUCUUUCGCUCUCUAUGCACGGCGCUGCUUGGUUAAUGGAUGAUGAUGUACAUUGUCCUCGUGAAGUUAUAAUAUGCUUUCAUGUAACUAUUUCAUUUCAAUUGAAGCAAAUUUAAUGCCUCUCACGCUCAAUGAAUUGUCACUGAAUCAGCUUCUAAACCCUCUGCUUCAUUUUAUCUGGCAUAUUUCCCUAGGUGUAGUUUACAGUCUAUUAUAUAUAAAAGUGAGAGCUUUUUCCAUUUCGCUUUACAUUUGGAUUAUAAAAUAACCUUUGUUUCUUGAGAUAAAUGUCUUUAUUGUGGUAUAUCCUGUGUUGUUUUGGGAAUCGCCUCCAGGGCUUUAGACACGCAUGAUCUUUUCCCCUCUCUAGAAGGGAAUCUGCAAAUAAUCGGUAAGCAUGACUCCUAAGAUAUGCCUAACUUCUGUUGUUUUAUAUAUGUCUAAUAAUUUUCUCCACUAAUAUUUAUGGAACUAGGAAAAUGAAGCAAUGUAGAAGAGAUGAAAUGAGAAAAAUUUAGAAUGAAGGUGUUGUAAUGAAGUAAGCGGAAUUCAGUUGAUUCAAUCUAGUCAAUCUGUCUGAAGAAGUAAAGCAAUAGAGCGUGGUAGCAUUAUCCUAGAUUUCUGAUAACAAACUCCCAUGCCUAUCAAAUGAGGAUAAUUUUCAAUACUCUGAUGUCUUAGUCAUAGGAUUUGAAAUUUAAAGUGUGAAGGCGUUUAUUUCAGCGACGAAAAUGACUAGUUCGUUGGUAGAUUACCUGGUUGAAUGAAUGAUUCUAAUAUGACCCCAACACAAUAUAUUCAGGGUAGGAGGGGAAGAGAGUCAAAGUCAUGAGUGUCAUGGGGCUCUUUGCAAAAGUUCAGGGUGAUUGGGGAGACAAAUAGGGUUUUCGAAAGAAGGGGGAUUUCAGUCUUUUGAGGUUAAGGGGAGUGCAGCAGCCCUCUUGAACGGUUGCCAAACAACUAGGGUUCCGGUGGAGCCCUGUUUGUCAUUCACUAUCAAUUUUUUAUUUCUGUGCUUCUGUUCAGUAGAUUGCUAUUUGAUUUAUUGUUGGAAAUCCGGAGUCGUGGACGCCAUGGCACCCAGACAUGUCAACACCUGUCUGGACCACUUGGAGUGGGUGAUCAAGGUGGUCAAGGACGAUAUGAAGAAGUUAAGGGAGUACAUGGCCAGUAUGCUGGACAUGGUCUUUCAACGCCUUGACAGAAUGGAGGACCGUCUGACAGCAGUCAAGCAAGGAGGCUCUACCGCAUAACAUCCAGAAGGACAACCGGACCUAUAGGGAAGAAAACCAUAGAAAAUCAUGUCUCAAGUGCAAGAAAGCAAGGAAAGUGCGAGAACCUUACCAAACACAAGAAAGAAUGGUGCGACCACAGAGGAACCACCUUGAAUCCUCAACAAGGGUGGAACCAACCGGCUACUCUGAUUUAGGCAAGAGUGGACGAAGAUGGAAAAUGCUAAGUUCUGAAAUGGUAGGACUAUCGAAGGAGGAACUUCCUCCAUUUUCAGUAAAUGAACUGAAUACCACUAUAGUGCAUUUGGCCUAAAAUUGAAGGCAAUUUCAAGGGCCACAUUUCAAAAUGACUUUGGGAAGUUUUCAGGUAAAUGUGGACUUAGUUAUGGUGAUCUGUAUGGUCGUCCUUCGACCCUUUAUGAAGCAUUUAACAUUAUGAAUGAAAUUACAGAAGAAGAUGCCAUAACAUGGUGUGCUAAUAGGAGAAUAUUUCCACAGCAAGUGUUUAUGAUGUGGAAAAGAACUCGUUACAAAAUUGAAUUUAUCAAAAGACAGCUUGGAAAAGAUUAAGCUUAAGAUGGAACUUCAAGGAGCUGAAUCUAAAAUGUUACAUUGUAAAUUGGAAAUUCGUAAUCUAUUUCAGCCACCAGAGUUUAUUCGAUUCAGAAGGGAAAAUCUGCAGUGAAAAUAUUUUUUGUGCCAAGUGCAAAUUAUGCUGUUUGAUGGCAUUCGUGAUCAAGGUUUUCACCAGACGUGUUUGAAUCCUCAUAUUGAUAACACUCCCCCGGAUGAGGAAAGUGGAUUCUGCCCUGGCUGUGCUUGUAAAGUAGCUGGUAUUGACUUGAUUAACGAGAACCAUGGAGCAUACCUUUCAAUCAAAGAAGAGUGAGAGAAAGUAUUCCUUGGUUUUUGAGUCUAAAGAUGGUCAACAUGUUAAUCUCAGGUUGCCAUCAGAUGAUCUGAAAAUCAUGAUUAUUCUCCUAAUGACCUCGGAGUUGAAAACUUUGAAGCUGAUGAAGAGGUGAGGGAAGGAUCAAGUUCUGAUGAUCUGAUGAAUCAGAUUUCACAUCGGAUAUGGAUGAUUUGAAUGUUUAGAGUAAUGAGGUCUAUAUUGCUAAUGAAGCAUCAGCAUCCCCAAUAUCUCUGUAACUAGUGCUUGGUGGAUGAAGUGUCACAUGUCCCUUGUUUGCUAAUUCUGCACCUUACUCCUUCAAGUAAAAACUGGGCCAAGAAAAUGCUAUCCCAUUGCCAAGUAAAAGCCAAUGGAAACAUCUGGAAUACAAGAAGUUAUACAAUGAAGCAUAUGAGAACAAUUUGCCAGAUUCUAGUGAUGAUAAAGAAUGGGCUGAUGUGAGUAUACCAGCGAAAUUGAUUUAUGACGAAAGUACUGGAACAGAAAAGCAAUAUGUAGCUAAUGAUUAUGCUAAGCGAUUAUCUAUCGGUUAUGUGGAGACUGAGGAGCUUGUGGCAUCUUCAUUUGCUUGCUUGACAAAGUCAACAUCAAAUUCUAAAUGCUAUAAUCCUUCAGCGAAAUUUGAGCAGUGCCUUCUUUUGAACAUUUGUUACUACCAACUGUCAGAAGCAGAGUUAUCCCAAGGAAAGGACUUGGUUAUUCUUGUCUACAAUUCACUUGGUUGGAAUAGAGAGGAUAUAAUUAGAGCAUCGGUCUUUAGUGCAUCUGUGAUUGUCAAGGAUUGUAAGGGAAAGAUUGUUGACUCACAGCUUCUGCCAAUAUCGAACAUCUCAUUAGAGAUCCGAAAAGUACACGCUAAGGCAUACUAGGGCAUUUCUCCUGGGGUCAACCCAAGGUUUUGGCUCAUCUUCCCAGUAUGUGCCACCUCUAGACCUUAGUACAUAUUUUAUUUCAAGGGUAGAAAAAUCUGUUUCAGGGCAUCCGGUCAUCUCUAUAACUUAUGAAACACAUGAAAGUGCAAGUGUAAUAGAAGUUGGGCAAGGGAGUUUGAAGCUCAUUUUCGAUGAGGUAAAAAUGAGCCAUUACUUGAACAGUAGAAACAUGGUUAAUACGACUAUCUCUCAAUCCUGCAUAUAUUAUUCUGGAGAUGAUGGUAGUGGUGCUGAUUAGCAGGCCUCAUGAGCAUGUCUUUCACCCAAGUGGUAAAUUUCCAAUACGCCAUUUGGGACAGACACCUUUGACUGUAAUAUGGGGGCAAACUUUAGAGGAAGCGCAUCAAUAGAUAAAUCCGUGGAUAUAUCAGAUCACCAGAUUAUAUAGGGGAAGGGAGCAUGCAGAAAUUGAACUCAUUGUUGGCCCUAUUCCUGUUAAUGAUGCAGCUGGGAAAUAAGUAGUCACUCAAAUUACCAAUAAUGUUAGAAGUGACAACAUUUUACACUGAUCCUAAUGGAAGAGAUUUCAUCGAAAGCAUUCGUGAUUAUGGAUAACACCAAGAAAUUCUCAGUAUUGGUGGAUCGUUCUAUAGGAAGCUCGAGUAUUUCAGAUGGUCAAAUAGAGUUGAUGCACCAUCAAUGAUUAUUAUGUGAUGAUGGCCGAGGAGUUGCAGAGGCACAGAACGAAACUAUUUAUGUUGAUGAAGAUUACACAGGAAUAAUAAUGUCAAGGAAAUUUUAUCUCAGGAUUGAUCCUUUGGGGGAUAGCGAGCACAGAGUUAUGGCGAGUACAAGGGGGUGGCGCCAAAUGGUGUAGGUCGUCGGGACGGGAGGUGUACACUACUCUUCUUAUAGCAUUCUCAGAGCAGAAUGGAGCUGAUUGGAUAAAAUCCCAUGUACCCACCUUCACAGCAAUAGACACGUCCUGCAGCUUACCUGAUAAUGUGACAUUGAUUACCCUCCAGGCUUUUGAAGACGGGUGUUCUCCUUCACCUGGCCCAUCUUUGUGAGAGCGGAGAGGAUAAGGAUCUUUUGAGGAUGGUGAAUGUGGAUCCGGCUCAGGCACAGUUUUUAGCACAAAAUCUGGCGCAUCGGAAAUCAUUGGAGCAGCAACUGGUAGGUUUGUUCUCGCAUUGAUAGUGAUCAUUUUGGCUAUUUAUGUGAUGAGGCAGAGGAAUAAAAGUGGAAGUGCACUCCAUACAAAAAAACUCAGGCCAUUCACCUUCGAUGAUAGAAGGUAGUGCGCGAAUGAUGUCUCAAAUGCAAACAUUGGACUCGGAGGGUAUGGAAAGGCUGACCACGGAAUUCUACUGACGGAAUAGCUUGUUGCUAUCAAGAGAGCUCAGCUUGGGUCAAAGCUAGGUGGGCUUGUGUUCAAAAUUAAGGUGGAAAUAUUGUUAAUGGUUCAUUAUAAGAAUCUGGUUAAGAUGGUUGGUUUCUGCAUCAACUGAGAUACACAAUGUAUGUUGGGCUACAAAAGUAUUCUUAAUGAAUCCUUGAAAAGAAGCUUUUCAAGAAGGUCGUCGUGUGUAAUGCUAGAUCGGUGGAGGAGCCUUCGAAGUGGUGCUGGAGCAGCCAGAGGACUCAUCUUUAUCACAGCUUAUUGGGUCAGUCCAGCCACACUAUAUUUUUGGACAUUUGACCACUCGGCUCAAAAACAGGAUGCUCGGAUACAAUAGGAAGAUUUUCCACAUUUGAAGCCACUUGGGAGUUGACGAGGCAUAUCAACGCCAUUAUCCUGACUUCCACCUUGAGGACUAGGUGGAUCUUCUAGGCGAGAGUGUUGAUACGACCCCACCACAAUAUAUUUAGGGUAGGACGGGAAAGAGUCAAAGUCAUGGGUUUAAGGGGGUUUUUACCAAAUGUCCAGGGGGAUUGGUGAGACAAAUAGGGUUUUCGACAGAAGGAAGGGGGAUUCCAGUUUUUUGAGGUUGAGGGGAGAGCAGCAGCCCUCUCGAACGGUCGCCAAACCAUUAGGGUUCCGAUGGAGCCCUGUUUAUCAUUCUCUAUCAACUUUUUAUUUCUGCGUUUCUGUUCAGUAGAUUUCUAUUUGGUUUCUUGCUGGAAAUCCGGAGCCGUAUCAGAUUCCAUGUCAGAUGUGUAUCUAAUGAUGAUCCAGAUUAUGUUCGUGCAUUGAUCAUACAUGCGGAACGUUUUUCUUCCUAAUGGCGGUCUCAUUCUGCUUUCCACAAUUUAAUGGUAGUAAUUAGCUUAACUUUUUCCUUGCUGCUGGUUAUAACAUUAAUUGAUCUUCUUCUAAACGUCAUAUUCGACGUUUUGAAGGGAAUACCGAGCAAGGCUAGAUAAGGAUUAGGUGGUAUCAUAUUGCUCUGCUCCCUGAAAGACCAAAUUUGAAAUAUUGGAAGAUUUUUUUAUUCCUUUCGCUUUUGUAUUUCGAUGUCAUCGUUCUCUAUGAUGUUCUCCCAUGGUGGCCGGCAUUCAGCGUUGGAUGAUUCAACAUGAAACAUCAAUCUCCAUUGUACGCUGGAGGGCUUUAAAAUUCUGUCACAGCGUACUUUCUUAGAUGACAACGUGCUAUUGUGUUGAAUAUUUAAUACUGAAUUUCAUAAUUGUUGUCUUUGCCAAGGCCCUUUGGAUUCAACAUAUAAUAACAUCCAUAGUAGAAAGCCCCCUCGGGGCUAGAGUUAUUAGAACUCUGAGUUGUGCUUCUGGACUGGCCCAUACGGUUCUGCAGUUUUCUGUUUUUUUUUUUUUCUUUUGCUUGCUUUAUGUGAUAGCGGACAGCAGUCCUGAUGGCCUCAGAGGAGUUGCUCCUUGCACCGUCUAACAGCAGCAGCAAGGAAAUUGUAAAACUUUGGGAAGGAAAUGAAUAUGUUGUAGUCGACCAUGUUAUUCGCUUUGAGGAAUGAGAAAAACGAGAGCCUCAUCAUGCUGAUUCUGGUAUACCCAGCGGACAUUAAUCAGCCAUGAGUGAUGGAAAAACGUGGAAUCGUGAUGGAUGCAUCUUCCCUGUCUAGUCUCUCAUUAUUUUUGCUUUAGAAGUUAAUGAGUGGAAGUAAAAGUGCAUAUAUAAUCAAGAUGAGGUUGCUGGAAUGCCGUAAUCAUUUAUUCACUCGUCAGAUGAGCCAAUGAGUCCGGAGAGUCUUUGACACAUUCUGAGGUGUGGAAGCUGUAGGCCCCAAUAAACAAGACGCAUUAGACUUGGCUAAAUGGAGUUAGCUAGGGUGUGCUGAGGGUGAUGGCAUCGAACUUCGCUCAUUGCGAGCGCUGCAUACCCGAUUCCAAAUGUUUGGCCAACGUGAGUGUGGAACACUGCAAGGGAGGCCAUGUAUAACCUACAUUGAAACAUGAUCUGAUGUUUUGAUGUGCACCUGCAUCUGUUUGUCUUGGGUAGGCAGAAUAUGAUGCGUAUACACCAAGUAUUACCGACAGGUAAUAGCAAUGGGCAGUUCCCUUUUUUAUCGCAAACCUACUUUCUUUUUUAAUUUAUGUAGUUGUAUCUUGCACAUUUUAGAUCCCUGGAGUUUUUCUCAGCUUAUCUUUUGUCGAAAUCUGUAGCCUUAUCUGGGUGCGAAUCCUGAAAGGAUCUCAACAGCGUGUGGAAACGUUAAUGAGCAUUUUUACUAUCGGAGAGGAGAUAUCCCAGAAAACAUGAAAGGGCUUAGUUUUAGAUCAGAUUGAUGUUAAAGGCGGGGUCCUUUUUGGCUGCGCCUCAGAAUUUUCUCUGUCCAUGGUGUUCCCUUUGUUGUCCGCUAUACCUGUGUUAUGUGGAGUCCUUCUCUACGGUCGUUGGAAGGAGGUGAUGAAGACCGCUUUCAGGAGUAAUUGAUCUCCCCCUUUCAGUAGCACUAAGGUUCUGCGGCAUCUUGUUUGGCUUGCAAAAGCGGCUCUAUUCGUCGCGCUGCUUUCUGUGUAUAUAUAGAUCUAUAUAUAUAUGAAUGAAUAUGCACUGGUUAGUGUUGUCUCACCCUGUUUACCCACCCAUCGUCGCGUGGUGUUGCAGGUACGCUAUAACCAAGGCCUUUUUGGUGGCCUUCGUGAUGACUUUCUUCUCUGUGUUUGACGUGCCCGUGUUCUGGCCCAUUCUGCUGUGCUAUUGGAUAGUCUUGUUUGUGCUCACGAUGAAGCGCCAGAUUCUGCACAUGAUCAAGUACAAGUACCUCCCCUUCGAUUUGGGGAAGAAGGUAACUGACUCUUUUCUCCCGCACCGAGUCAACGCAGCCCUCUUCGUAUGUGAUCGCUAACUCGCGUCGUCGUCUAUCUUGAAAUGCGGCAGAGGUACGCCAGGAAGAAACCUUCUUCGAGCCGCGGGAGCUCAGCCAAGGACUGA